AUGCUUAACUUGGCCAAACUUCUCUCUCACCGAGGCCACAUAGUCACCUUCGUCAACACACACCACAACCAUAGUCGCCUCCUCCAAUUCUCAGACUUUUCAUCGUUCCACGCUCAAUUCCCCACCUUUCUCUUUGCAUCCAUCACGGACGGCGUGCCCCAACACCUUCCUGCGAACGAGUUCGAGCUCAUAAUAUCUCCGACCAGCAGGUCCAAGGUUGCCCAAGAGUUCCGAGAACUGUUCUCGAGCCUUGUCGAGAAACACUGUCGGUGGGACCCACUUUCUUGCGUAGUAUCUGAUGGGUUGAUGUCGACGAUUGCCAUGGAUGUGCUCGAGAGUUCGGGCUUCCGGUUACCGCUUUCCGAACCUACAGAUCAAGGUGCUUCUUUCAGUGUUGCAAUUUCUGCGCAGUUGCAUCCCCCUCCUGAGAACACCGAACUUGCUACCAUUGAGGUCGUCCAGGCUCAGCUCUGUGGGACCAGUUUCCCAGCGAAUAUUAUCUUGACAUAA